AUGGCUCCGAAAGCGAUUAUUGCGCCCUCCAUCCUCUCGGCGGACUUCGCGGACCUUGGUGCCGACUGCAGGAGGACCAUGGAACAGGGAGCUGAUUGGCUCCAUGUCGACAUCAUGGACGGUCACUUCGUACCGAACCUCACCUUCGGCCCGCCGGUCGUGGCCAAGAUCCGCAAGCACGUCGACAAGCCGAGCGCGAAAUACGGGCGCGGGACCUUUGACUGCCACAUGAUGAUCGCCGAGCCCAAGAAAUGGGUCAAGGAAUUCAAGAACGUCGGCUGCGAUCUCUACUGCUUCCACUACGAGGCCGCCUUCUCCAGCGCCGCCGAGAGCCCCGAGGGCAAGAGCGACGCCAAAACAAACCCCAAGGAGCUGAUCCGCUACAUCCACGACCAGGGCAUGCUGGCCGGCAUCGCACUCAAGCCCGCGACGGGCGUCGAGGUCCUGACCGAGAUUCUGGAGAGCUCGGACGAGAAGGAGAGACCGGACAUGGUCCUCAUUAUGACGGUCGAGCCCGGCUUCGGUGGGCAGAAGUUCAUGGCUUCGGAGCUUCCAAAGGUGCAGGAGCUGAGGAAGAAGUACCCGGAGCUGAACAUCGAGGUCGACGGCGGUCUGGGACCGGGCACGAUCGACCAGGCCGCGGACGCGGGUGCCAACGUCAUUGUUGCGGGCAGUGCGGUGUUUGGGGCCAAGGACCCGUCGGAGGUUAUUGCAUUGCUGAGGAAAACAGUUGACCAGAAGGCCGGGAAGCUAUAG